CGCUCCAAACUGCUCUGUAGUAGAUGCAACUCAAAGUGUGAACAUUAAGUGAAUUAUUGAUUUGGCACUAUGUGGUGCAGUCUGCAUCAUUGUAAUUGGAGUGAAAGCAUCACAUGGUGGACAACAGGCUUCAGGGCUACAACAUCUGAUUGUCAUUACUUCCUUUUAAUGGACAGAGUGCUGACGACGCCAAAUAAGGAAUGCAUUGUUUUGAGCCGAUGCUUGGUUAUCAAAGAGGUCCUUGCAGUUCAGAGUCUUAUUGACACGACUCAAAAUGCGUAAAUGAAUUUGCUAUUGAACAACAAAGAGCACCCAUUCAAAUGAAAAGCACAUUUAUAAAAGAAUACUUUGAUAAUCAAUACGGAUCACGCAUGUCUCUGCUAUCCCGGCGCUUCAUGUUCUGACACUAGUGUGUCUUGGCUGCACAGCCAUUUUCGAUUUCCCCGAAAGACUCAUCAAUGCGCCAUUACCAAGUCAAAUCGGGUGGUGCUGCAGAGCUUUGCAGAGAACAAGGAUUGUGAGCAAAAACACAUACACACACCGCAGGAUUCCUUCACAACGCCUGCGAGGUAAGCCUUUACAAAGGAUAACAAACAGAACUAGAAAAUGCAAUUUCUGGAGAAAUUGUGAUGGUUCGUUUAUCGGGUCAUUUCCUGUUAUUUUAGGGCAUUUUGGGUCAUGGAGGUACAUGACCGUCAAUAUCAUGGACGCACAUGGCUGUCAAUGGUAUUGACACAUAUUGAUGUCAAAGGAAUUGACAUCAAUUGUCCCUGUCGAAUAUCAUUGGACUUUAAAGUGCCUAUGACACCAUAAAAAAUCUUAAAUAGCAUUAUUAUGUGAAUUAAAAUAAUAUUUUGAGACAAUUCGACUAUAUAAAACAAAGAGAGAAAUGGGUUUUUUAAUCUGCCGUUUUAGCCCCGCCUGUCAUUAUAGCACCCUAGUGCCUCCAUCUGGGUGAUGACGUCAUCAGAGUAACAAUUUCAGCUGAUUUAGAAUUAAGCCCAAUGGAGGAGGAAAAUUCAGAAAGUUGAUCAUUGUUUUUAUCUCUCUCCUCCAAUAUUUUUACAAGAUAUUCUUUUUAAGUAUUCUCAGUAUAUUUCCACAAUUGCUAAAUAAAUUGUAUGGUCAGGGCAAAUAAGUCUUGUGAUAAAUGGAAUAUAAAAUAUUAGAACUGCAUUUAUUUAGUAUGACAGGUACUAUUACUGCAUAAUGGUCAAAACUGCUGACUUCUUAAACCUCCCGAACGGUAUUUAAUGCCACCGGAGUUAGUCCAGCUUUUGUCAUUUCCCUGCCUCGCACCACUCACCCUGGUGUAGCAACAAAAGCCUGGAGCACAUUGGGCUGGCGUGACGCAAAAAAUGAACAAAUUAAUCCGCAAAAUCAGCUUAACCUGCAGUCCUUCUGCAUAAUAUAGUAAUAUAUUGUGACGAUGAUUAGUCCACUGACGUCACAUUCGGCUUCUUCCUCAAUCCAGACUCUGGCCGGAAGUCAUUCAUUUUCAUGGCGCGGGAUUAAAAACAUUGAAUAAAUUUAUCGAUCGCUUCCACAAACAUCCAAGCGGUCCAUUUCAUUCAUUCAUGAGCAUAAAAUACAGCGUGUAAUAUGAAAUAAACAUGCUUUUUUGUAUCACAGGCACUUUGACACUUAGGCACUUUCACAGGCAAUGUUUUUCAUCAAAAAUCACAAUAGUACACCAAUAGAGAUGUUUAUGAGUGUGCCAAUAUCGAGUUUUGAAGGGCUGGUUUGGAAAUUCAUAGGCGUUAUUGGAAAUGUUUGUGCCAUUGAAAUGAAUGGCAAAUGGAGCCAUUGGAAAUAAAUGGGAAAUUUUGCUGAUUAGAAAUGAAUUUUCUGGUUAAUUGGGGUGAAUUUUGGGCUCACCUUUUGUUGAUACUGGAUCAUUUCUUGUUGAUUUAGGGGCAUUCAGGAUCACUUCUUGUUGAUAUCGGGUCACUAGUUGUUGGUUUGGGCCAAUUUGCGCUCCAUUCCUAUUGAUUUUGGGGAAUUUUGAGGUCUCCUUCUAUUAAUAUCGGUUCACUUCCUGUUGAUUUGGGGGCAUUUUGGUAGCCUGUGAUGGUUGAUAUAUUGGGUCACUUGUUGAUUUUGAGACAUUUUGAUGUCACUUCCUGUUGACAAUAGGUCACUUCCUUUUGGUUUUGGGGUAUUUCAGGGUCACUCCCUGUUGAUUUGGGGGCAUUCAGGCUCACCGUUUGUUGAUAUUGGGUCAUCUCCUGUUGAUUUAGGGGCAUUCCAGGAUUACUCCGUGUUGAUUUGGUUGGCAUUUCAGGGUGUUUCCGGUUGAUAACGGGUCUGUUCCUGUUGAUCACAGAUCAAUUCCUGUCAAUGGAACCGCCACUUGGGCCUUUGGAUAUGAAUGGGAAUGUUUGUUCUUUGGAAAUAGUUAAACGUUUUUGGCAAAUUUUGGCAGAACUGUACAUUUUUUGCUACAAAAAAAAUAAUAAUAAUACUUGCCUGGUGCGCUUCAUUACUUAAUUUUUUUAUGUGUAAAUAAUUUAAGUCUAAAUUGUAGGACAAGUAGCAUUUUGAAAUGUCACUUUUCCCCCCCUAGAAAACCCACAAAUAUUAUAGGUGGUAGCUUUUGCAUUUGAUGUAAAGCUACCAUCAAUAAACAAACACAAAGUGUUUGAGGUCUUGAAGGUUUGUUCUUCAGGUCCGAUGACAUUUUACUUGUAAGCUGAUGAGCAGUAAGGGAGCUCAUUGGUAAUGGGGAUUGAAAGGCGCGCUUUAAUUGUUUGUGGCAUGUGAAAUGAGAAACUAUAAUGUGUGACUAGCGGCCCCAGGAGAUGGUAAUCUGCUUGGCAGCUUUAAGAAGAGCGUCCGAGAAAUGCAUUUGCAUUUCUCCCUCUGCUCGUUCUAGCCAUAAACUCUCUCAGGUCACUUCGACAGUUAGCUUAACACUUAGCUUCUCACUGAUGCUCUGCAUGUCAUGAAAAGGCUACCAUCUAAGAUAUUAUGUUGGUUUUGCCCUGCCAAAACUGUUUGUAGCAGUCCUUCUCCGAAUAAGAGUGAGUCUUGACUGAUGAUUUGGUGUUUUUGUGUUCUCAAAUCAUGCAAAAUAUCCACAAUUAGGGCUGUCCCAAACGACAAUUUUUUCCCCCCGAUUAGUCAUCCGACAAUUUUUACGAUUAGUUUACUGAUCUAAUAAUUUAAAACAAUUCUUAAAAAAUAUAUAUCUAGCAUUAAUAUUAUAGUAUACUACUAUAUACGUGUAUAAUUAUAUUAUAAUAUUUAUUCAUUGCCAAUCAAAUUUUUCUUAAAGGGUGCCAUUUUAAAGCUAUUCUUAGUGUAGAAUCUGAAUUCUGAAGUAUGUGGGAUUAACUCCAGAAAUCGUUAUUUAUAUGACGUGCUUGUAUUUUGAAAUGUUCACCGGAAGUGCGUUCGCAAAACCGCUAACUGUAAGCUUUGCACUCCGCAAAAAAAGCACGUUUUGUCAUUGCAAGUGGUGUCAGUUAUAAGCCUUUUUUUUCUUCAUUUUUUCGUUUGCAAAUGCUGUUAACCAGCAAUUUUUUUUUCAUGUUUGAAGUGUCACCUUUAAACCGCAAGUUUGCAUUUUGGAGAACACUGCCAAUGUUUUAUAGCAGGCUAAAGUAAGUUGUCUUUUUCCCCAUUAGCCUCAAUGUUGCAAUGCUAACGUUUACAGUGUUUAAUAUAGAUGUGUUUCCUUAUAUUUGUAUGUCUGAACUUUAAUUCUACAGCGAUUUGAUGACCAAUAAACAUCUGUGAAAAGAACUGGAGUCUCAUAUGCCAUCAACACGCACGUAUACAUGCACGCAUAAAUGUAUGCACGCACGUGGCGAUAAAAUGCAGCUGUGAAAAUUACCACCCUCAUUUUUAUUUAUGGUGCGAUAAAUGGACUUAUUGCAUAUAGCGAUAGGCUUGGCAACUUCAAUAAAAAAUGUUGUUUGUUAGAUGGACUUACGAUUUGCCAGCUUGUUGUCUACUGUCGUCUUCCGAAAUUACAAUUGGGUGACGGCGCUUUAGGUAUUCAUUCACGACCGACGUGCAGCCAAGCUUGGCAUUGAAGAGUCAGGACACAACAGUGUACCCUCCUUUGUUUCGUUGAAUUAAGUCAAUGUUUUGGCCAAUCUCGUGCGCUUUUUUGGCUUUGUGCCACUUUCCACGCUUGCAUACUGAGCGUCUACGAUUGUCAACUUUCCACAUCAACACCGUUCAAACACCAAAAUGAGCGGAAUUCUCGCAGGCUUAAUUUCGUAUGACACCCCAAAAAUGUCCGUCGCCCCCCAUUUUUUAAAUUUUUAUUUUUUAAGAAAAAAAGUGACAUUUCAAAAUGCUACUUGUCCUGCAGUUUUUGUCCAAAUCACAUCAACAACUUCAGGAUGCCCCGGAGUAGAAAAAUGGUAUAUAGCUUUUGACAAAAACGUACAGUUUGGCCAAAAUUUGGCCAAAACUUUCCGAUUAAUUUCCAGUGAAUUAACUUUCUCAUUAAUUUCGGCGAUUCACCACUACAUCGACAGGAAGUGAGUCAAUAUUAACAGUAAGUGACCCCCCAAAUGCCUUCAAAUAAACAGGAAGUGACUACUAAAUGCCUCCAAAUCAACAGGAAGGGACCCAUUUAUUUCUAAUGGCAAAAUUUUCCAUUUCCAAUGGGCCUCUUCGCCUCGCUAUUGAUAGAAGGUGACCGGUGAUCAACAGGAAGUAAACCAAUAUCAGCAGUAAGGGACCCUCUAAUGCCCCCAAAACAGGGGAAAGUGACCAUGAAGUGCCCCAAAAUCAAAAGAAAGUGACCUAAUAUCAACAGGAAAGUGACCCUGAAAUGCCUCAACAUCAACAGGAAGUGACCCGAUAUAUCAACCUUCAACAGGCUAACAAAAUGCCCCCAGAUCAGCAGGGAGUGAACCGAUAUCAAAAGGAAGUGACCUCAAAAUGCUCCAAAAUCAACAGAAACUGACCCCAAAUUGGCCCAAACCAACAAAAGUGACCCGAUAACAGGAAGUGACCCCAGAAUCAACAGGAGGUGACCUGAUGUCUCCAGAAAGUGACCCCGAAAUGCCUCAAAACCAACAGUUACAUAUACUGUACCAACCAUCGCAGCAGUGUUGUUUUUGGCAGCCAUUUUAAUUUUCGUCUUAGUGUUUUGGACAAAAAUACUUAUUAAUCUGAGUCAUAUUUUAGUCAUUUAAAAAUGUUUUCGUCUAAAAACUUAGUUUUAGUCCAUAAGUAAAUAAAAGAUUUUCUCAACAGUUUCGAAUAAACAUGACAGACUAGCACAUAUUUGUAGAAUCUACAAGGGCAUCACCAUUUUUGUGUUGAUAUAACACACUUUGCAGGAAAACAGCACAUUAUUUGCAAUUAGUUUAACUCACCUGAACGCCACGAACUGGAUGCAAAAAGUUUUCCAAGAGUUUAAGAAGACACCCGCUGAGUCACCGCGCUAAAUGCUAAUGCUAACACGAACGUUCGUUAUCGUCAUCGUUGACGACAACAACACAGCAUCACAGCAAAGCUACCGCCGCUAUUUUUCCGGAAAUAUGCACUUUCUAGUUUACACUAAACUCGCAAAGAAAGGCUUGCAUUUUGGUUUUGGUUUUUUAUCUCGCCGCAACAGAAACAAGGCAACGAGGCCACGGUAAAGCAAGCAGCUCCACUCGAAAGCGUGUUGAUGACCAAUAAAAAUCUGUGAAAGGAACUGGAGUCUCAUGCCAUCAACACGCACGCACAAAUCUCUGGAUUAAGAAGGGCUAAAGUGAGCAUUGAUGUUGAGUGCAACCCUGGCAAGACUGAGCAUAACAACCUCGCUUCAUGUCACUAUCCCCUGAGGACUGCUGGGAGUUGAGUGCGAUCAGGACAGGUUGGUGACAAGACACUUGCAAUGUCAGGUGCGGAGAAAGAGAGACUGGCCGAAGGACGGCAGAGGAAAGAGCUUUUUGUAAUUGGACAGCACACAGGAGCCAUUGCCCCCGAACCCCCCGCCCGCUUAUCCUCCAGCGCAGCUCCACUCACUGAUAGUUAUUACCCAGCCAUUAUCAGCUUCUCUCCCAAUGCGCAGCGCUGCUUUUUAUUCAAAAGGCCUCACUCAUCCAAGGCCGGUGGAUUUUAUUUAUUCUGCAGUAGCCGUCUCUUAUUCAUUCCACCUUGGAGUAUUUUGUUUCCCCUUUUAGAGCAGUUAAUCAUGGCUGAAUGCUUCCUUGACAGCAACAUAGUCGUGUUUUAAAACACAACUUCAAGGUUCUAUCACAGUAGAUGCGUACGUAUCAAAAUCAUUCUGAUUGAAACAGUUUUUACUAGCUGUGGUACAGAGAAGUUGUUUUGUUUUCAAAUUGUUUUGCUCUUAAAACCACCAAAAUGUCAUUUCUUGGUUGGAUUUUAGAGUAUCAAUGGAUGAUGAAUUUUAUUUAAGGUCUUAAAGUGACUGCAGCAAAAUCAUAGCUAUUACAGUAUUAUCCUGAUUUGUUAUCCCUCUGCGAGGCAGCCUGUAGUUGCUUCCAGCUGCUUUGCUUUCCUCCGGAUUGUUCCGCAGUACCUCAAACUGAGAUGGAGUGAGGCCAUUAUUAUCUGGCUCUGCAACGAUCCCACAGGCACUCAGCAAAAUACAUAUGCAACUACACAAACACGCAUCCACUCAUGUCACGCCGCGCAUAGUCCAAAUGCCAACCACACACAAACGUGCUGUAACGUCAAACCUGAUUGUGGUGUCGUCACAUAAAAAAAAAAAAAAAAAAAAAAAAGUGGAAAAAGCUAGUCUUAUAUCGAGGACCAAAGCUGCCAAAAUUAAAAAUAAAAAAUAGAAGUGAAAAUGAAAACAACUACAGGUAGUCCCUGGUUUAUGAACGACUUCCGUUCCUGUGCUGGCGAUUUAACCCAUCCGAAUUUCCGCGUAAAUUGGAAUCUACCUUUUAAAUACCUCAAAACACCCUCUAAAUAAAAAAAAAAAAACUAUCCAAAAACAUGUAUUAUACAACAUUACUGGACUGUACUCGCCAACAUGUUGACGCCAAGUCCUAGCUAGAUAGCGAGCUAAGCUCAGAAAUGACAAUGUCAGACGUCCGUGUGGUUUGCUGGCUUUAUUCAGCUGCUCAUGACACCAACACUUGCAGAAUGAAACUAAAAUAAAAUAAAAUUAAAUUCAUCUCAUCUUCAAUAACGUCAAUUCAAAUUUACAUUUAUAACUAGCUGCACACAAACGAUUUGCAUGUAUCAGUUGGCGUCCUCACAUCAUCGAAAACAAUCACAUCAACUUGCCCCAAGUAUUGCCGCACAGUGUUGCCCCACAAUUGAAAACGCACAAUAAACAGUACAAAAGGAGUUGUAUACAGCCGUCUCCUUUGGAUGCUUCACAAGCAACAAAUGUGCGCGCAGGCUAUCACCUCUGUCACUAGGCUGCUCUGUGUGUGGGGUGUGCGCGUCUGUGCAUAUGCUCGCUUGUGAAAGUACUACCUGCUCUACGCUUUCUGCGCCAAAAUAAAAGCAUGUAUCACACAGGCAUGAAAAUCUCUCACCUUUCGGCGAAAUUCGCCGUUUUGAAGUCAAAAAGGGCGACCUACGUGAAUUGCGUAGAUCCGAGGAGAAAUUCUUUUUGGGAGGGGGGGGGGGUCGGGAGGUUUUAUUUAAUUAUUAUUAUUAUCAUCAUGUGAUUAACUUAGUACGUAAACUGAGCACUUAAGAACACAGUCAGCAAAUCCUUCUAGAUGCUUCGCUGACGAGAACCAAUCAUCGGCCCAAGCUGCGUUCCAUUAUUCCAAACGCGCGCACUCCUUACGCGUGUACAUGGAGUGCUCGGAGAGCCUUCGGUUGCAUUGCAAAGCUGCGGGGAAAAAAAGCAGGCCUUAUCCACAUCGGGGCAGACCAGAGCGCAGCAUACACACUUGCCUGUAUUUGCCAGCAGAUUGAAUUUGGUGAGUAAUGGUUUCAAUCGUUUUCACGUUUUGCGAUAUAAAAAAGUUACUGCCAUUCGUUGCAGCUUGCGUUGAACACUGCCAGAGCUAGCCAAAUCUCCCAUGAAAAAAAUAGCUCCCGUUAAAUUGGCGUCAAGCCUGUGUAUUUAGCGGUAAUAUAAACGAAGAAACACACUGUUGAGUCAAAUUAAGCGGCAUUCUCUCGGAUGGAGGGGGCGCCUCACAUCGCUCCCGUCGUCCGCCGGAGACGCGUUAUUUUCGGCUUGGAUUUGAGCUGACGGCCGGUGUCGGCACAACAGCGGCCCGACGAGUGGUGGGAAUGAGUCCUGCUUCUGAAAGCUUUUCAGAAAUACAGGGUUCCCUCGUUUUUCGCGGUUAAUGGGGACCAGAACCCGCCGCAAUAAGUGAAAACCGCGAAGUAGCCCCCCCCCAACCCCACCCCCCCCCAUUUUUUUGUGCGUGUUCAAUGCAUUUAUUCAGAUUUUACAUUGGAAAAAAGAUACAUAUACAUAAGACAUGUUUUUUCACUUUUUUCACCAAAGUAUCAUUUAUAAAUGGUUUUCAAGCACUUCAAAAUGUAAGAAUUAUGAUAAGUUUUAAACAUGUUACUGCCCCACCGAAUUAUUUUUAAACAAGAAUAAAGUAGUUAGAAAAUGUUUGGCUUUAUUAAAAGCUUCAUAGUGAGUCUACUCAAACCCUCUCAGGCUUUGGUAAACGGUGAUUGGCACAUGUGCAAAGUUUUUCUUUUUAUAUAUAUAUUUUUGUUUGAAGCAACUUAUUUGAUUGAAUAAUAAAGACACAAAUGUCCUAGCCAAAAUGUGGCCCAAACGCAAAACAUUACUUAAAUGGAAAAAUUUGUUUCAAUCAAGAAAAAUAGUUUUCAAAUGCUUUUUUUGUCUCAAAUUUAUUAUUGCAAUCAAAAACUUUUUUUUUUUUAUUGAAGCUACUUUUUGGGAUUAAAAGUAUAUACUGUAUUUUGAUUGAAGCAACUUUGUUUUUGAUCGAAGUAACUUUGUUUUUUGAUUGAAUAAUAAAAACACAAAUCUAACUCCAUCGUUAUUGAGUGAGAAAGAAAUUAAGAAAGCUUUAAAACUAAAAGCCACCGGGGAGUCUGUUUGUUUUUUUAAAUAUUUAUAUUUCAUUACAUAGACAUGCGUUGUAGGGAAGGGAGAUUGAGGGAUAAAAAAAGGAGUUAGAUGAGGCUGCUAAAGGCAGUGGAUACCUCAUCAGCUGGGUGAAUAGCAGACCUGGUAAGAACAAGUUUGCAAGGAUAGUCGGGUAUUAAAUCCAAUUAUAAACACAAUUACAAUGUUAUUUUUCUAUAAGAUUUUUAUGUCAUUGCUUUAUUAAUCAUUAGGUGCUAGAGUUGUUAAGUAUGGCUAAUAAUGAAAUAAUAGUUUUAAGAAAACCGUGCUGUUGGUGGCUCAGUGACCCUCAGAUGAACAAGUUGAGGAAGGAAGUUUUGAUGCAGAGGUUGAAGGAAGAAAAGAGGCAGACUGACUGAGUCACAGCCAGAAAGUGUUGAUGACAGUUUUGAUUUCUAUUCACUGUUGCCCCCUCCCAAUUAAAGUAUGUCACAGUCGCAGCCAAUUAUUAUCUAAAGCUGGUUAAAAUUUAAGUUAUGUUUUAAGGUGUAUUAAAUACUUGUUCAUGUGCCCCUUUUGAUCUACGAGCACCCACCCCUCCACCGGUCUCUGCAUGGCCCUGCUGAAACACAGUGUGGGUCGACAGAGCUCAAUAUUUUGUUGGGGUGUACAAUACAGUGUACUGGAACAUAUUUCCUCCACACCCUUCUCACCUUUUUAACCCCUGACCCAUUUAAAAAAAUGUUGAGACGCCUGCGUUGUAAAGUCGAAACGCGUAUGUCGGGUCCUUCAUAACCCCGUGGACAACCUGUAAUAUGGAAGUAAAUAUAAGUAGUCUCCGGGUAGUCUCAUUUUUGAUUUAUUUCUUUGUGAUGCAUGCUUUUAUUUUGGUGCAGGAAGCGUAGAGCAGGUAGUACUAAUGGCACGCGAGUAGUGCGACAAAAUAUCAAAAUGGUGAUAUAUCGUGAUAAUCUGCAUCCCAAAAGGUUAUCGAUCUGCUCAUGCUCAGAAUCGAGACAUCGUUUUAAAAAGGAGUCAAUGUUUAAAAAAAAAAAAAAAAAUCCAUCAUAAUAGUGUCUCAGUUAACUCCAUGACGGCACUCAACGCCCAAUCCAUUAAGACUUGGGAAGGCGAAUAAGCGUUUGUUCGUUCAAAACCAGAGUAUUCAGUCACUAUUCACGAUUUUCGGGGCAUUUACAGAUCCCGUCCUGUUGAGUUUGAGUCAUUCCCGGGUCACUUCUUGUUUUGUAACCCAAAAUCAACCGGAAGUGACUGAAAAUCAAUAGGUAAUGACCUGAAAUGGCCCAAAAUGACCUCGAGCUAGUCAUGACCAAAUCCGAUGAGUAGCCAAUGCCAGCUGUCGCAUUAGAAAUUAGCGGUUAGUGUUAGCAGUUAGCAUUUGCAGUUAAUGUUGGCAGUUACCAGAAGCAAUAGCGUCUAGGUUAGCAAAGCGAUAGUCGUUAGCAUCAAUGUAGCAUUAGCAUUUACAUAACCAACCACUAGGCGAUUUUUAAAUCUAAUUUCUUAUUUUUGUAUUCAUGGUCGUUUUUAUUUCCACAUUUAUUUAUCUAUAAUUUUGGCAGGUCCUCCUCCAUACAAAUGCGACCACACACAUACGUGCUGUAACGUUUAACUUGAUGCUGUCAUCACAUGAAGAAAAAAAAAAAAAAAAAUUAAGCUAGUCAUGAUGCCAGGGUCAGAGUUGACUUCAAAUUACAGCUGGUGCCCCCAUCAAAGCCUGUGAUGGAUCUCUAUACACCCCCAUUUACAGCACCCUAGCCAGCAAACACAGCUAUUUUGUAGCACCUGAAGCACCCCCAUCUUCUCCUCUUCUCUGCGUAUGAGCAAUAGAUGAGGUGGCGCCAUUAAGUGAAUUUGCUGUUAUUUCCCCUGGCUCUUAGCUGAAGAUGUCAAACCUCCACCAGCGAGGCAGCCAAGGAUGACAGGCGGCACACUCUCACGCGAUCCGCUUUUAUUCUUCUGCGUAAUUCAUCAAUUUGCUUGGGCGAGCGGUAAAUGGCCCCUGGUCUCAUCAGAGACAAAGAGAAAAAUAUUAGGUUGCUUCCAAUGUAAUUACAAUGAUUUUUAAGCCUUAUAUUCACAUUCUUUCGACCAAUUAUGUCGGAGGGUUCAUGACUUUAUAUAGUUUAGCUGGCUGCACUUGAUCAAUGAGGCAACAACAAAGUAAACGCGUGGAAUAAGCAAGUUGUCUAAAAACAUUUUCCUUCUUAACAGAGCUAAGCUUAGCUUACCCUAAGAUGUAAAAAAAUGGGGGAUCAAAUAUAUACUGUUGUAUGUAUACAUGUGUUUUAAAAUACUUAAUAGUUUAGUCAUAUUUUAGUCAUUUCGAAUUGCAUUCAUCCUCAUUCCUUAAAGAUAUUGAAGGAAAAUCUAGUGUCCAAGCUUGUGCGCUGUGUUCAUAGUAAAGAUCGACCUAUAUAUCGGCCGGUUGAAAAAUGGAUUUUUUUGAAGAUCGGCCAUCGACCAAGAUAUAGCCGAUGUUAUAGGAUCAUUUUAAAGCCAAUAUAUUUGUUGGCUAUUAAAUCGGGCCGUUUAUGGAAUUUUCUCCCAAGAUCGGCCAAUAUUUGCCAAUACGUAGCCUACAAAAUAGGAUAACUUUUAUGUUCAUGAUUUGGGUGAUCUUUGUUCAUUACAAGCAUGAAAAUCUCUCACCUUCCAGCCAAAUUCGCCGUUUUGAAGUCAAAAAGGGUAAAUUGUGUAGGAUAUUUGGGGGGGGGUUCGGGAGAUUUUGUAAAAUGUUGGACGCUUGGUACGCAAGCGGGGAAAGUGGCACACAGCCAAAAAUGCGCACCCGAGUUGUGUCCAGUCUCUUAAAUGCCAAGCUUGGCUGCAAGUCGGCCGUGAAUGAACACCUAAAGCGCCGUCACCCAGUGGUAAUUUUGGAAGACGACAGGAGACUGUUACUAGCUGGCAGAUCAUAAAUCCAUCUCACUAACUAACGACAUGCUUUAUUGAAGUUGCUAAGCCUGUCGCGAUAUGCAAUGAGUCCAUUUAUCGCACGGUAAAUAAAAAUGAGGGCGGUAAUUUUCACGGAUGCGUUUUAUUGUCUCGUGCAUGCGUAUACACGUGCGUGUUGAUGGCAUAUGAGACUCCAGUUCCUUACACAGAUGAUUAUUGGUCAUCAGCACACCGUAGAAUUAAAGUUCAGACAUACAAAAUAAGGAAACACAUCUAUAUUGAACACUGUAAACUAGAGCUGUCAAAAUUAUCGCGUUAACGGGCGGUAAUUAAUUUUUUAAAUUAAUCACGUUAAAAUAUUUGACACAAUUAACGCACAGGCCCCCGCUCAAACAGUUAGUCCACUUGUUACUUGUGUUUUUUGGAGUUUUGUCGCCCUCUGCUGGCGCUUGGGUGCGACUGAUUUUAUGGGCCCAAGCACCCAUGAGCAUUGUGUAAUUAUUGACAUCAACAAUUGCGGGCUACUAGUUUAUUUUUUGAUUGAAAAUUUUACAAAUUUUAUUAAAACGAAAACAUUAAGAGGGGUUUUAUUAUAAAAAUUCUAUAACUUGUACUAACAUUUAUCUUUUAAGAACUACAAGUCUUUCUAUCCAUGGAUCGCUUUAACAGAAUGUUAAUAAUGUUAAUGCCAUCUUGUUGAUUUAUUGUUAUAAUAAACACAUACAGUACAUAUAUACCGUAUGUUGAAUGUAUAUAUCCAUCUUGUGUCUUAUCUUUCCAUUCCAACUAUAAUUUACAGAAAAAUAUGGCAUAUUUUACAGAUGGUUUUUGAAUUGCGAUUAAUUACGAUUAAUUAAUUUUCAAGAUGUAAUUAACAAGAUUAAAAUCAAACAUUAAAAAUAGCUGGAUAAACUGUUGAUGAAAAAAAGACAUCAUAGCAUUCUGCUAUUUUAAGCUAGCUUUGUUAAAUGUCCCUCAUUCCCGUAAUGCACAGCUUUCAUGAGAAUCACUGACGGCUAUGGCAUUGAAUGAACAUUCCAUUCCACUUCAAACGGCUUAGGCUAGCGAUAAAAUCACAGCAGAAGGAAGAAAAUAACUUGACGUCCAAUACGUUUGAAGUGGGAGGGAUGGCAGAGAAUCAACGAAGUGACGAAGUGAAAUAGAAUAUCCUAGAUUUAUAUCCUGACCCGUGUAUCAAUAAUUGUUGUAUCGCCAUAUUGUGCGAUAGUUAAUGAAGCAUAAUUUACGGGCAUCUCUGAACUCCAGUUUAGUCCAGUUGAAUUUCCCCAAUAAUUCAAUAUGCCGUGUAAACAUAUUGACUGUCUGAGGCUACAAUGUGCCAAAAUCAAUGGUCUGAAAAUGUAGGGGUCUAUUACUGUAUUGAACUAUUUUACAUAGUCACUGUUUUAAGAUAGAGUGCAUCACAUCUAUUCUAUAUCUCUUGACGGCGCCAGGCUCAGUCAAAAUGGAUUAGACGCAAGGAUGUAGGUUUGCAUAGGGACGGUCGGGACAUAACACUACCAACUUUUCAGGAUGCACAAAUUGUCCCCACCAACCUUUAAGCAAAUUUAUUUGCUUUUAUAAUGAGUUAAGUUAUAUAAGUCAUUUGGAUUGUGUUCCCAUAUAGACAAUAGAAUUGACCCUACAAUUAUUAAGUGAAUUAUAUUCAUUAUGUUCAGACUUACAUUUACCCCUUUUCACUUGCUAAAUGUGUUUUUACCUCCUCAAACACACGUUUGAUUGGCUGAUGACUUACUUCACCCCCCUCCCGCCGCACACAUGCACACAGUCCUGACAGAAAAACAAGUCGAAAUCAUGCUGCCUCCUCCGCCCCCUUCGAGGAGGAGGGAUAUUAGAUUUUUUUUUCUUUUUCUGGCCAGCAGCAGCCACUUUAAGAAAUCUAAAAAUACAUUAAUGUUGUGGAGGUGGGAAACACGUCGCUAAUUUUGUUCCUGAAAGUCUGACUUACAUUAGAGUUAGCGUAACAUUAAACUGUGUGAACUUGCUAACCUGCAAAACCCCAGUAGGAAGCUGUUUAGAUGAUCUAAAUCUUAAUUGCGUGACAUUCUUAUUAUACGUGUGGUUAGUCAGCCUGCAUUGUAGUUGUGUUUGGGUCGUUUCACUAUUUGAUGUGCUGCACCCUACCCCACAUCACUGGUGUUUAGGAUGCCCUUCAAGCUAGGUUGCGCUCCAAGCUUGCUUGUUUUGAAACACGUGGUAAGAUUUGUUUUCUAAUCUUGGCAAAAAAGAAUAUGCAAUUUUGCUUUAGCCCUAAAUGGUCUCUGCUGAGUGAUCGUCACACACUAAAUGUGACUCGUAGCAUUAGCAUUUAGCGUUCAUGUUAGCAUAUAGCGUGUUGAGCGUCGUCUUUAACUCUGGGACAAGGUUUUUGUUUGUUUGUUUGUUUUUACAUUAAGUUCAUGGUGUCCAGGUGGGCUUAAUUAAUUGAAAUAAAUAAUAGUUUUCCUGCGGGGUGUGUAUUAUCAUCACUAAUACACACAUUUUUAAAUGACUAAAAUAUGACAAAGACUAAUGGUAAAUGGUAAAUGGUGUUAUACUUAUAUAGUAUUUUAGUCCAAGAGACUAAGACGGAAAUUAAAAGGGCUGCCCAAAACAACACGAUAUAUGGGUGAUUAUUAUUAAAGCUAUGCUUUACGGUAAUAAAGGACAUUUACCAAAGGUAUCUUAAAAUAGCAGAAUGCUCUGAUGACUCAGUCAUUUUUUUCACCAUUAACAGUUUGCGCUUCAGACAUACUUAAGACAUACUUUAGCUUAGCUUCAUGAGAAUCACAGAACAUACCUCAUGUAUUCUACAAAAGCACAUCUCCUCAUAAAAAUAAGUGUGAAUGUUCCAAACACAAUUGUAAUAAAAAAUUGUACCGAGUUCCAAAUUACCGUUACACCUGUUUUAACACUACUGCCAAUAACCUCAUUGUCUUGGUUUUAAGCGAGACACGCCGCUAUAGUGUCAUUUUUGUGUUUGUCUAACCAUAUUAACGUGCAGCGAGGGUUGCCACUCGCACACUGUGCUGCGCCAGUGUGCUUGUGUUAAAUAUGCAUGCUUGAAGAACUGAAGACAAAACAUUGCGGCGGAGACGGGCGGAGGGAAGAAUAUCCAUAUCGUAAUAACAUCACAGCACAUUAGCUUCAGCCGCAUGCGGCGAGAUUUGAUUUUGAAUAAUGCACUCUGAUUUAUGCGAUCGGGGAAAAUCAUGUUUGACAUUUUUAUGUGUUGGGAGGAAUCUGUAAAGAGAGUUUAAUGAGGUUAUUACAAUAAAUGAGCAUACAAAACCGCGGCCGAUGCAACAGUAAGACGUGGAAUCAAUAAAUUCAUAAUCACUGGUCUAUUUUUAUAGAAAUGUAGCAGUUUCAUUUGACUGUUUAACGCAGACGUGUUUACGCUAGGGGUGGGAACCUCUGGUUACCUUACGAUACAACAAUUAUCCCUACAUGAGUCAGGAAAUCAUGUUAGGAUAUUUAACAACAACAACUAAUAGACAGGAAAAACAAAAGCAAAAGCUAAAGUAGGCACAAUUCUAAUGGAAGAUUUUGGUAGUAACCUGUUGGUUCCAUUUUUUGUUUUCUAAACAGUGACACAUUUUUAAAACAAUCUAGUAAUUCUUGGUGUGAGCAUUUGGGCUGCAGCUAUCGAUUAUUUUCUAGUAAUUGGUUAACUAGUUCGCAUAAUCGAGUAAUCGGAUUUGGAACAUUUGAUGCGUUGCGGAAUCAAUUUUAGGAGAUGAAAAACAACGCCUUGCUAAGAUUGUACUUUCAAAAGAGCAUUAAAUACAAAUACAAAAUAAAAUUCCUGAUUGUUUCUUCAAACUAUGCACGAUUGCACGUUCAUUUAAAAAUAAAUUAAAAUACCUGAGCUUAGCCUCAAAAGGUAUUAAAAAUAAAUGAGGUUCUAAGUACAACAAAAGAACAAUUGGCUAACUUGCAGAGCAAAGGUCCGCUAGCUGAAAUGCUAAAAAAAAAUGCUUAUUUUUACAAUGCUCAUAACAAACGGUUCAAACACACACACAAAAAAACUGCUAAUUAUACGUAUAAACUAAAUGACGAAAAUAUAAAGCCGUAAACAAAUAUUAUUGGCUCAAAAAAACGUACCUUGUUUGUCUUAACAGAGAACAGCUGGAUUCAGCAAUGUUAAAUGAGUUGUCAUGUUCACUGCUGCCACUAGACCGCAGUGUAUCCACCCAAAUCAAUAAAACUAAAUACAAAUACUUUCAAAAGAAAUCAUGACAACGCCACUCUAAUUAAAUGAAUCCUCGAAGCUGCAAAAUUUGAUUCAAAGCUUUUUUCUAACAGAGUUAAUUGAUUUAGCGUUACAGCACUAGUGAGCAUAUCGAUAAGCUUUUAGGCUACAAAGAAUCGCGAUAAAUCACCUUUUCGAUAUAUUGUCAAACCCCCAAUGACUAGUAUAUUUGUAUAGAAAAUGACACAUUUCAUUGAAAUGUUUAACGUAGAUGCAUCAACACACUCAGUAAGUUUUACAAAACAUGCCACAUACCAAAAUCCAUUUUGACACAUACCCCCCAAAAAUGGCACAUGCCAAAAACCCAUUUUGCCAUAUACCAUAAAAAAUCAAACCUGGCAAAAAAAAAAAUGCCACAUGUCAAAAUCCAUUUUGCCACAUACCCAAAAAAAAAUUGCACGUGCCAAAAUUCAUUUUGCCAUAUACACAAAAAAAGCCACAUGCCACAUGCCAAAAUCCAUUUUGCUACAUACCCCCCUCAAAAAUGGCACAUGCCAAAACCCAUGUUGCCAUAUACCAUAAAAAAUGCCACAUGGCAAAAAAAUGCCACGUCAAAAUCCAUUUUGCCACAUACCAAAAAAAAAAAAAGCCACAUGCCAAAAUACUUUUUGCCACAUGUCAAAAAAAGCCACAUGUCAAAAUCCAUUUAGCCACAUACAAAAAAAAAAUUGCCACAUGGCAGAAGAAAUGCCACACGCCAAAAUCCAUUUGGCCACAUGGCAAAAAAAAAACACCACAUGCCGAAAUCCAUUUUACCACGUACCAAAAAAAAAGGCCACAUACCAAAAUCCAUUUUGACACAUGGCAAAAAUAAAGGCCAAAUGCCAAAAUCCAUUUUGCCACAUACCAAAAAAAAUUGCACAUGCCAAAAUUCAUUUCGCCAUAUACACAAAAAAAAAAGCCACAUGCCAUAUGCCAAAAUCCAUUUUGAUACAUACCCCCCAAAAAUGGCACAUGCCAAAACCCAUUUUGCCAUAUACCAUAAAAAAUGCCACAUGGCAAAAUCCAUUUUGCCACAUACCAAAAAAAUACCACAUGGCAAAAAAAAUGCCACAUGCCAAAAUCCAUUUUGGCACAUACCAAAAAAAAAAAAAAAGCCACAUGCCAAAAUACUUUUUGCCACAUGUCAAAAAAAGCCACAUGUCAAAAUCCAUUUUGCCACAUACAAAAAAAAAAUUCCACAUGGCAAAAGAAAUGCCACACGCCAAAAUCCAUUUUGCCACAUGGCAAAAAAAAAAACACCACAUGCCGAAAUCCAUUUUGCCACAUACCAAAAAAAAAAAAAAUGCCACAUGCCAAAAUCCAUUUUGACACAUGGCAAAAAUAAAUGCCACAUGCCAAAAUCCAUUUUGCCACAAAAACAAAAAAAAUUGCACAUGCCAAAAUUCAUUUCGCCAUAUACACAAAAAAAAGCCACAUGCCACAUGCCAAAAUCCAUUUUGCUACAUACCCCCCAUAAAUGGCACAUGCCAAAACCCAUUUUGCCAUAUACCAUAAAAAAUGCCACAUGGCAAAAAAAUGCCACAUGUCAAAAUCCAUUUUGCCACAUACCAAAAAAAUACCACAUGGCAAAAAAAUGCCACAUGCCAAAAUCCAUUUUGGCACAUACCAGAAAAAAUGCCACAUGCCAAAAUACUUUUUGCCACAUGUCAAAAAAAGCCACAUGUCAAAAUCCAUUUUGCCACAUACCAAAAAAAAAUUGCACAUGCCAAAAUUCAUUUCGCCAUAUACACAAAAAAAAAGCCACAUGCCACAUGCCAAAAUCCAUUUUGCUACAUACCCCCCAUAAAUGGCACAUGCCAAAAUCCAUUUUGCCAUAUACCAUAAAAAAUGCCAAAUGGCAAAAAAAUGCCACAUGUCAAAAUCCAUUUUGCCACAUACCAAAAAAAUACCACACGGCAAAAAAAUGCCACAUGCCAAAAUCCAUUUUGGCACAUACCAAAAAAAAUGCCACAUGCCAAAAUACUUUUUGCCACAUGUCAAAAAAAAACACAUGUCAAAAUCCAUUUUGCCACAUACAAAAAAAAAAAAAAAAAGCCACAUGGCAAAAGAAAUGCCAGACGCCAAAAUCCAUUUUGCCACAUGGCAAAAAAACACCACAUGCCAAAAUCCAUUUUGCCACAUACCAAAAAAAAAAAGCCACAUGCCAAAAUCCAUUUUGACACAUGGCAAAAAUAAAUCCCACAUGCCAAAAUCCAUUUCGCCACAUACCAAAAAAUGCCACAUGUCAAAAUCCAUUUUGCCACAUGGCAAAAAAAGGCCACAUGCCAAAAUCCAUUUCGCCACAUCUCACAAAAUAUGCCACAUGACAUAAAAAUGCCACUUGCCAAAAUCCAUUUUGCCACGUACCAAAAAAAAAGAUAGCACAUGCCGAAAUCCAUUUCGCCAUAUACCAAAAAAAAAAAAAAAAAAACACACAUGGGAAAAAAAUGCCACAUGCCAAAAUCCAUUUUGCCACAUGGCAAAAAAAUUGCCACAUGGCAAAAUCCAUUUUGCCACAUACCAAUUACCACUUUUCGUUCUCGCUGUCUCUCAUUAAUCAUGUCCCUACAGAGGACGUUUCAAACUGAAAAUUAUUUUGCUAGCACGCACAUUGGCAACACGGAUUUGCAGGUGACUAAGUUAUUGUUGUCUGCUAUGGAUGGUAAUUAACCUCUUGUAUUUUUUAAACAGAAACCAUCGAUAAAAAUGCAAAUCAAUAGCGGGACCGGGGGCGAGGGCUCGAUAAAGGCUGUCGCAGAGGAUUGCAUUAUAUUUAACAGACAUUACAUUAUGUCCACCUCCUCGGGCUGCAAUCAUUAGCCCCCCAUCUAUUUCUCAAUCGUGACUGUCAUUUGAGAGCAGGCUGAUUGUGUUAGAAGGUAGCUUUGAUUGCGAUGAUGAGUGCACUGCUGCUGAUGAAAAGAAAAUGGGCCAUCUUAAGAGUGAAGGGGGGUUGGGUAAGGGGGCGGAUAUGCUGUCAAUGACAGCCAAUGGUGAUGUAAGGCUCAAACACACCGCGUUAUUUCCAAAUGUACCAUCAUUGAAUUCAUCUGUCGUCCAACUGUAGCAAUGUCAAAUUAGCAUGUGAAGCAGGGCUGCAACUAUCUAUUAUUUAAGUAAUCGAUUGGAUAAAUUAGUUCGAUUAAUUGAGUCAUCGGAUAACAAACAUUUAAUGCGAUGCAGAAUGAUUUUAGAAGAUGUAAAACAGUAACAAGUGUGUACGCUUGCAUUAACAUCUAAGUUGACUUGAUUGCAUGUUCAAAAGAGCAUUAAAUGUGAAUACAAAAUAAAAUAAAUAUAAUAAAAAAGUAAAUUAAAAUACCUGCGCUUGGCCUAGCAAUGGUCUAAAAAAUCUAAGUAAAACAAAAGAGCAAAAAAGUUUAAAUUUCUAAUUAGUUAAAUCGAUAUGUAAUUUUAGUCGAUUGUAAUAAAUUUGCAUAGCAAAAGUGUGCUAGCUUAAAUGCUAUAAAAUGAAAAACUUACAAUUUUUUUUUUUUUUUUUUUACAAAUACAUAUUCCCACAACAAAGUCUAAAUAUGCUUCUAACCUAAAUUACAAAUGCAUAAGCAAUUGUAUUGGCUCAAACAAAAACUCAAAGCCUUAUGUUGGCAUGAACAGGGAGCAGCUGCAUUCAGCCUAGACAAGUUCUGUCAUAUUCACUUUUGCCACCAGAGGGCAGUGUACCCCCCUAAAUAAAACUAAAUGCAACUCUUUCAAAACAAACCAUAACAAUGCCCCUCUAAUCAAAUGAAUCAUCGAAGCAACAAAAUUAAUUCGAAGCCUUUGUUCAAAUCGAAUUAAUCGUUUAAGAACUCAUAUGAAGCAAAUAUUAAUGAGGCUGAGCUAACUAACCACAAUCCUUACUUGUGUAGGCAAUAAGGGUUUAAUGGUUUACCUGAAUGGGUUCGGUUUGGUUCACUUGGUUACCGUUUUGAUUUUGUUUCAAGCAUUUUUAUUCCUCAUAAAUGUAUCAUUCGCGCGAGCUAAGAAAUUCUUGGGAACCGCAAUACUUGUAUGAAAUGUUUGAGCAGUUAAUCACUGCAUGAAAACAAGACGCUCUAACAUUCCAAUUGGGAAAUGCAGAGAACACAACAGAAAGCGCCGCGAGAGCUUUGAUUUCGACGGUCCUCAGCGGCUAUUCAAAUCCUCCAGGCAACAUGAUGCCACUUACCUCCGUACACAAAGACACAUUUGGCUAAAUCGUAACUAUUGGCCUGGAAUAGCGUGACACGGGAGCCAGCUUGAGUGACUGAGAAAUGAACCUUGUUAUGCGUCCCGACAACGGGGCAAAUAAAAACAUGACUCUCACUUACUGGCCGCCUGCGACCACAGGCCUAUACAUCAGCAUUAGAAAAGGGUUUCGGCAGCCUCAAGGUCAGCUCAAUUUCCUCCCGCUGUUAUGAAGUAUCAGAAUCGCAGCAAGAGAGGGCAGCCACACACAUACGUGUAAGGAAAUGAUUUAGGAGGAAGCAGAGGGGUGAUUUGUACUACUAAAAGAGCUUCUGUGACCAAUAGGGGCGGGGACGUCUGAGUAACUCAUGAUACGAUACGAUUUGCGAUACAAGGCUCACGAUAACAAUAAGUGUAUGGUCAAAAAUUACAACCACACGUUUUUCUGCCAUUCAAAAUGAAUGGAAAAUUUGGACGUUCCGUCAAUGGCAUAGCCUGACUCAGGUACCAGUUGAAUGUCUAUGCGCUGUAAUAGUAAGUGUAUGCAUUCAAAAAUCACAGCCACACGUUUUUCUGCCCUUUAAAAUGAAUGGAAAAUUUGGACGUGCAUGGCCGUCAAUGGCAUGGACGUGCAUGACCUGCAAAAUGCCAUAUACCAAAAAAAAAAAGGCCACAUGCCAAAAUACAUUUUGCCACAAGGCAAAAAAACGCCACAUGCCAAAAUACAUUUUGCCACAUACCCCAAAAAAUGCCACAUGCAAAAAUACAUUUUGCCACAUACCAAAAAAGCCACAUGGCAAAAACAUUGCCACAUGUCAAAAUACAUUUUGCCACACACCCAAAAAAAGCCACGUGGCAAAAAAAAAGUCAUGUCAUGUGCCAAAAUACAUUUUGCCACAUACACCCCCCCCAAAAAAAAAACAUGCCAAAUGGCAAAAUAAAAUUUGCCACAUACCCCAAAAAAGCGCCACAUGCCAAAGUACAUUUAGCUACAUACCCCAAAAAAUGCCACAUGGCAAAAAAAAAGUCACAUGCCAAAAUACAUUUUGCAACAAACCCCCCCACCAAAAAAAUCCCAUAUGCCAAAAAAAAUGCCACAUUCCAAAAUACAUUCUGCCACAUAGCAAAAAAAUGCCACAUGGCAAAAUACAUUUUGCCAGAUCCCCCCCCCCCUCCCCAAAAUGCCAUAUGGAAAAAAAUGCCAGAUGGCAAAAUACAUUUAGCUACAUACCCAAAAAAAUGGCACUUGGCAAAAAAAAAUAAGACGUGCCAAAAUAUAUUUUGACCCCCCCCCAAAAUGCCAUAUGGCAAAAAAAUGCCACAUGCCAAAAUACAUUUUGCCACAUGGGAAAAAAUGCAACAUGGCAAAAUACAUUAAGCUACAUACCCAAAAAAUGCCACAUGACAAAAAAUUCACACGCCAAAAUACAU